AUGGCUCAAAAGUGUGUCCAUCAAGGUUGCGGCAAGGAGUAUACAGACCCCGAAGAGGUGUGCCGCUACCACCCCGGUCCCCCCGUCUUCCACGAGGGCCAGAAAGGAUGGAAGUGCUGCAAGCCGCGCGUUCUCACCUUCGAGGAAUUCAUGGCCAUUGAGCCAUGCACCGAGGGCAAGCACAGCACCACCGAUCUCCCGCCAAAGAUCGAAAAGAGGGAAGCUGCUCCGGAAGGUCUCGUCGAGACGACAAACCUCCCUCCCCCGCCACCCCGUACGCCCGUCGCCGCCCCCCAGCACAUACCCACUCCACCACCCCCCGUCGCCGAGUCGGAGGAUGACGACGCCACAAUCGAGAUUCCGGACGGCCGCGUUUGCAGGCGGAAGGGAUGCGGUGUAGCUUACAAGAAGGGCUCCAGCCGGGAAGGCGAGAGCUGCGUGCACCACCCGGGAGCGCCCAUCUUCCACGAGGGCAGCAAGGGUUACAGCUGUUGCAAGCGCCGCGUCCUCGAGUUUGACCAGUUCAUGAAGAUUGAGGGCUGUAAGACAAAGGACAGGCAUCUGUUCGUCGGGAGCGGAGAAAAAGACAAGGCCAAGACGUCGUCGGCUGGUGGUGAAGAGGUCCUGGAGACGGUCAGAACCGACUUUUACCAAACCCCUACAUCGGUGAUUGCCUCGUUCUUCCUCAAGAAGAUCGACAAGGAGGCUUCCAAGGUGGAAUUCCAGGACAAGACCAUCGACCUGGACCUUCUGACGACAGACGCGCCCGUGCCGAAGCGAUACAAGGCGCAGGUCCCGCUGUUUGGGACGAUAGAUGCUGCCAAGUCGACCUUUAAGAUCUUGGGCACCAAGCUUGAAGUUACACUGGUCAAGGCGGACGGCAGCUCUUGGCCGGUACUUCGCAGCGACGAUCGGCUGACGGGUGAGAUUCUUCAGGUUGGACGAGCCGGAAGGGCAUAA